AUGUUAUGUGAGGGUUCCGCGAGCUCACCCCGACGUGUUGCAGUUCCCGUUUUGGUAAAAGAUGGAAAACCUUGCUCAGGAGGCAACACAAUUCAAUCACACUCACAGCAACAAGUCAGCAGUAUAAAUAAUGUGGGAUCAAAUGUCGUAAAUGGAAACAACUCCUUAUCAAGCACUAUAAAUCUUAUAAACGAAUCUGCAGGCUCCCACUCACCAGAUACAUCUUCAUCAAUACAUGCGUCGUAUAAUGGAACUGUAACUGGUACUAAUACGCAGAUGUUGCAACAGCCAUGUAAUAACACAAUUGUAUCUAAUAGCUUAGCAAUGGCUUACAGAAAUCAAAAUAAUUUUAUGUCGAAUGGACACCAACAGCAGUGUACUGGUUACUUGCCCUUGCAGGGAAGAGCGUGGUAAAAUUAUUAUUUAAGCUCUGUUAACACUUUAAUUUUCAAUAUUAUUUAAUCAAUUUAUUCGUAGUAAAGAGACAUUUAUAUACAAAUAAUAAAUAAAAUAAUUAAAAAGAACAUGUUAAAUCGCCUAUGUAU